AUGUUUGGAGACUUCAGAUAUCUUCUAGUUUGGUGUUGCGCCCUCCUCACGGUUGGCGCCGUUAACGUCCCAGUCCUCAUAACCGAACGGCGCCGGAUGACCAACGAAGAGGCCAUCCAGCUCACUAGUGACCUUUUUGGCACAGACGAUUACUCCUUCACCGUAUCUGAUGAACGUGUCUACGUUGAAUCCGCAGAUAGACUGAAGCAUUUGGAGUACGACACCGUCUCUGGCGGAAUCACCGCAGCAGACGACUCCGAGCCCUGGAGUCCGGCUGCGGGACCCCCGGGAAAUCUACCGAGUGAGCCUCAAGCCAUGGAGAUGGCAAUUGAGAUCACAAAACGCCUCAACAUACUGCCCGCAGACGGACUGCUACCCGCAGAGAUCGAGCUCAUCAUCAAGAGCGACCGCACCAGCGGAACAUACGUGGCCCAUGAGUAUAGCGACGGCGCCGGGGGAUACAUCCGCGAAGAUUACCUCAUUGAUGUUUCUGCAUUCUUCGAUAUCUCGAUCAAGGUGCCUGAUUAUCCAGAGCCACUCCUGCUCACGGGCGGAGGAGGAAAGUUCAAAGUCGCGUUCGGCAGCAACUGCAGGUUGAAGGAGUUCCAAGCGCUCUGGCGACCCAUUGUCGGUUCAAAGCCGUACGAAAUCAUGCCCCAGGAGGAGGCGGACCGUCUAUACCAGCAAUCUCUGGGCGCUCUCGCAGGCACGGCUACCAAUAUCACCUCCUUCCUGGCCUACUACUCCGAACCGUUCGGAACGCUGCAGAAAUUGAUGUACCCCAUGUAUGUAUAUGAAGGAAAUGCUGUUGUCGGCGACGAGUCGAUUCCAAUCCGGCCCCAGGCCACCCGCGGGGGUGACGGGACUGGUUCAAGCCAUCCAGGGAUGAAGCAGUUUCCCAAACGCCAAGCCCUCGACGAUGCCAAACUAUUCGAGGCAGCGUCCGAAUGGCUUGGAGAGCCAUAUGGUCUAACUCUCGCCAAGAGGAACGCGGACGGUUUCAGGAACGGGGUCCAAGAUACCGCACCCCUCGGUGUAUAUAGGUAUGAGAAGAGUAACAAGGACGUCCUGGAAUCUGAUUUCGUGAGCGAGGCCGAUACCUGGGCGGACACGGUCGACAUGCUCUUCUACACCGGCCAUGCGAACAGGAACGGCUGGAUGGUUGCCGAGCCAGGUACGGGAGCUGAGAUGUUUAUCGACUACAGAAGCUUCGGGGCGGGUCCGGAGGUGCCAGGAGACCUGCUUGGGCAGCAGGACCUCGAAUGGCUCAUCAUUGCUGCUUGCGGGCCGCACCAGGACCAGCACAUCAAUCCGAGUGACGGGAACGUGUUUGAUAGGUGGAGGGGGAUCUUCGAUGGACUGCACAUCAUGUUCGGAUACGCCACUGCGUCGGUCGAUUCGUCGGAAGAGGGGGGGAGGUUUAUGAAGUACGCCCAGGAGGGUGACACCCUGAUCAAUGCCUGGUUCCGUGCCGCAAAGGAAUUGCAAACGUCGGAGGUUAUUGUGUCGGCGAUGUGGACGGAUGAUGCUUGGGAUGACCAUCUUCCAGGGUACGGAUGUGUCUCCAGCGACAAUACGUUGGGCUCACAGGAGAGGUGGAUCAUGUGGACGACGUGUUAG